AUGCAUGUAAGAUUUGGGUGGCAGAAAGAGCCUGGAUCUAGUAUCUAUUGUGUUUGUACAUGUCAUGCUCAACAGAAUUUAUCAUUAAUUUGUCAGUGCCUACACAGAUUUUGUCAAGACUGUAUUAUAACUGCCCUCAGAAGUGGCAACAAAGAGUGUCCCACAUGUCGUAAGAAGUUGGUCUCCAAAAGGUCUCUCAGACCCGAUCCGAACUUUGAUGCCUUGAUUGCAAAGAUCUAUCCGGAUCGGGAAGAGUAUGAAGCACAUCAGGAGCAAGUUCUUCAAAAACUGAGUAAGCAUCAUAAUCAACAGGCACUGACCAGUAGUAUAGAAGAAGGUCUGAAACAACAAGCAAUGAAUCGAGCCCAAAGAGUUCGUAAAUUGUCUAAUGAAGAACAACAGCCUAUGCCUGAGCCCACUCAAGUUGCAUCAGGCUCUACAUUGUCCAGCCAAUCACCAAACAUCACCACUGACAGUCCCAAAGCAAAACGCCUGAAAACUGUGGAUGAGGCCGAUGGGAACCAGGAGGGUGAAAAGUUGAUGGAAUCAGUGACCUUACCAGGCAAAGAAAUGGACGAUGUUGCCGAUGAAAUUGAGCUUGUGUUCAAACCGCAUCCAAAGGAUCACGACGCGGAAACAAUACGAAAACAGACCAGAUACAUUAAGACGACAGCAAUUGCUACUGUCGACCAUUUGUCGAGAUACUUAUCCAUACGACUCAAACUUGACGUCGGAGAGAAAGAAUUUGAAAAUGAGGAAGAAGCUUACACCAUAUACAUUGCAACAACACCGGGACAAUUUACGGAACUGCCAGGAAACAUGAGUUUGGAAAACGUCAACGAGAAGUAUUGGAAAGUGAACAAGCCGCUGGAAAUGUUUUACUCGAAGACAAAAACCAAUUCAUAGGUUGAAAGACUUAGAUGAAAACGGAGAUAACACCAUUGGCUACAGGAAAACUCGAAAAACAUUUCAUGUUUGAAGUCAUAGCUACAUCUUUCCGCUCAUUCAAAGACACUUCAUGUACAAUUGUAAAUUCGUUCAAUAAAUAUUUGAAGCAAAA